AUAUAGAAAUUUUCCUUUGGUUAUAUAAACGAUUUAUUCGUUAUUUGAACAGACAGUACCUUGGUGCACUCUCAGUGACAAAUAUAACUAUCUGAAAUAUAUUAUAUUUCCCCAAUAAUGCCUACUCACUGGAACUACCCCGAUCAAGCUCUCCAAGAGGAGCUUAGCAGAAUUGCCAAUGCCAUUGUGGCACCAGGAAAAGGUAUCUUGGCAGCAGAUGAAUCUGUGGGUACCAUGGGCAAGAGAUUGAUGGAUAUUGGUAUGGAAAAUUCCGAGGAAAAUAGACGUAAAUACAGGCAACUUCUUUUCACCACAGACCGUGAAAUCGGCAACUACAUUUCCGGAGUGAUCCUCUUCCACGAAACUCUGUAUCAAAAGGCAGACGAUGGCACUCCAUUCCCCGAAUUAAUCAAAAGCAGGGGAAUGAUUCCCGGCAUCAAAGUAGAUGCUGGAGUGGUCGACCUUUUCGGCAGCGACGAUGAAUCAACCACACAAGGCUUAGACGAUUUGGCCAGACGUUGCGCCCAAUACAAAAAGGACGGUUGCGAAUUUGCCAAGUGGCGUUGCGUCCUCAAAAUCAAAGAGCACACUCCAUCGAUGCAAGCUCUCAUGGAAAACGCCAACGUUUUGGCCAGAUAUGCUUCAAUCUGCCAAGCCAACAGACUCGUGCCCAUUGUGGAACCAGAAGUUUUGAUUGAUGGCGACCAUAGCUUGGAACGUGCCCAAAAAGUCACUGAAACCACUUUGGCUUUUGUUUACAAGGCUUUGCAAGACCAUAACGUGUUUUUGGAAGGUACUCUGUUGAAACCCAACAUGGUUACUGCUGGACAAAGUCAUGCGAUGAGAAUGAGUCCAGAGGAUAUCGCCAGGGCUACUGUUAUAGCUCUACAGCGUACUGUACCUGUGGCCGUACCUGGAAUUACCUUUUUGUCUGGAGGUCAAUCUGAAGAAGAAGCCACUAUCAACUUGAACGCUAUCAAUCUACAUCAAGGCAAGAAACCAUGGGCUCUUACUUUCAGCUUUGGACGUGCCCUUCAAGCUUCGGUUCUCCGUGCUUGGGGUGGCAAAGACAAUCAAAUUCAAGCCGCUCAAAUGGAGCUUUUGAAACGUGCCAGGGCCAACAGUGAAGCAUCCCUUGGUAAAUACAGGGCUGGUUCCGUUCAAGGCAAAGCUGGCGAUGCUGGAUUAUUCGUUAAAAAUCACGCUUAUUAGUUAUAAGGAUUUGAAAUAUAAACAGUCAUGUAUACUUGGUGGCUAAAUAAAUAAAUACUCAUAUUUCAUCAAUAUUAUAUUUCUGAAUGUAGUUUGUUUUUAUUUGUAGAUUCCUAGUUUUGUUAUAGAACCUUAGAAAUAUAUCUUCAACAAUUAUGAUAUUUUUCAAAAUAUGACAAACUUACAA